GCCCCCGCCGGAGCCGAGCAAAGGCGUUCCUCCCGGCCUGGCGGGUAGACGCGACCCGCGCGUGCGUCACUUCCGCUGGGGCGGGACGGAGCAGUGGGGGUGGCGCCCCGGCCGCGACUCUUCUGUUUGUGUUGGAAGCUCAGCUGAUGCGGGCCGGUCAGAGUGGACGGCAGUCCGGGGCAGAGGCGCGUCGCCGCUGCCGCCCAAGUAGUUGCGGCCUGCUUCCCGGUAAGACCAUGAAUUAUGGCAUUUCUUAAAUGAAGCAUUCAGGAAUGAAGUGAAAAUCAUAACAUAUAGAGAUAAAUGAUUUUUAAGUUAUGUCUAUUACUUUGACUAUAGAUAUAUAUUAUAUUUACCUUCUUAGUAAUGCAAGAAGUCUUUGUGGGAAGCAGAGAAGCAAGCAACUGCAUUUCUUAUGCUCACCUAAACAUUACUGGAGGAUAAGCCACGUCAGUCUACAAAGAGGUUUUCAUACAAGCAAAAUAAGAUGUAAAUUGACCAAAAGUGAAGCCCAUUCUUGCAGCAAGCACUGUUACUCUCCAAAUAACCAUGGUUUACAUGUUGGAAUUUUGAAACUUAGCACUUCUACUCCCAAGGGACUUACAAAAGUGAGCAUUCGUAUGUCCCGUAUUAAAAGUACUUUGAACUCUGUUUCAAAGGCUGUUUUUGGCGCUCAAAAUGAAAUGAUCUCACGCUUAGCUCAAUUUAAGCCAAGUUCUCGAAUAUUAAGAAAAGUAUCAGAUAGUGGCUGGUUAAAACAGACAAGCAUUAAACAAGCCAUCAAAUCUCUGAAAAAAUACAGCGACAAAUCAGUAGAAAAGAGUUCUUUCUCAGAAAGUCAUAUUCUAGAUAAAGAUGAAGAUAUAGGUAAACAAAGCCUUUUUCGUUACACAAGUAGUAUAACCACAAAGUUUGGAGAGUCAUUCUACUUUUUAUCAAAUCAUAUUAAUUCAUACUUCAAACGUGAGGAAAGAAUGUCUCAAAAAAAGGAAAGUAAACAUUUCCUGGACAAACUUGAAGAUAAAAAGGUUGAAGAAGAGAAAUCGAGCUCUCCAGAUCCUGGCGUCCUGACUGACAAGCUAGAUUCAGAAUCUUCUUCGUAUUCUGUGGACAAGCCUGCAAGUGCCGGCGGGACACCUGAGGCUCUUCCAGUUUCUACUAAACAGACUAUUGCUAACUUUCUUUCUCGCCCCACCGAAGGUGUCCAAGCUUUAGUAGGUGGUUAUAUUGGUGGACUUGUCCCCAAAUUAAAGUAUGACUCCAAGAGCCAGCCCGAAGAACAGGAAGAGGCUGUUAAAGCUGAGCAGCCUGUCAGCAAAGACAAAAACGCAGAGGAGAAAAAGCGGUUAUCUCUUCAGCGAGAAAAGAUUAUUGCGAGAGUGAGCAUUGAUAACAGAACCCGGGCGUUAGUUCAGGCAUUGAGAAGAACAACUGACCCAAAGCUCUGCAUCAACAGGGUUGAGGAACUGACUUUUCAUCUUCUAGAAUUUCCUGAAGGGAAAGGAGUGGCUGUCAAGGAAAAAAUUAUUCCGUAUUUAUUAAGAUUAAGACAAAUUAAGGAUGAAACUCUUCAGGCUGCAGUUAGAGAAAUUUUGGCCUUAAUUGGCUAUGUGGAUCCAGUGAAAGGAAGAGGAAUCCGAAUUCUUACAAUUGAUGGUGGAGGAACAAGGGGUGUGGUUGCUCUCCAGACACUGCGAAAAUUGGUUGAACUUACUCAGAAGCCAGUCCAUCAGCUCUUUGACUACAUCUGUGGUGUGAGCACAGGUGCUAUAUUAGCAUUUAUGUUGGGAUUGUUUCAUAUGCCCUUGGAUGAAUGUGAGGAACUUUACCGAAAAUUAGGAUCUGAUGUCUUUUCACAAAAUGUCAUUGUUGGAACAGUCAAAAUGAGUUGGAGCCAUGCAUUUUAUGACAGUCAAACAUGGGAAAACAUUCUUAAGGAUAGAAUGGGAUCCUCACUAAUGAUCGAAACAGCAAGAAACCCUACAUGUCCUAAGGUAGCUGCAGUAAGUACCAUAGUAAACAGAGGGAUAACGCCAAAAGCUUUUGUGUUCAGAAACUAUGGCCAUUUUCCUGGAAUCAACUCGCACUAUUUGGGAGGCUGUCAGUAUAAAAUGUGGCAAGCCAUCAGAGCCUCAUCUGCUGCUCCUGGCUACUUUGCAGAGUAUGCACUGGGAAAUGAUCUUCACCAGGAUGGAGGUUUGCUUCUGAAUAACCCUUCGGCACUAGCAAUGCACGAGUGUAAGUGUCUCUGGCCUGAUGUCCCGUUAGAGUGCAUAGUGUCCCUGGGCACUGGGCGUUACGAGAGUGAUGUGCGGAACUCCGUGACAUACACGAGCUUGAAGACCAAGCUGUCCAAUGUUAUCAACAGUGCUACAGAUACGGAAGCAGUCCCGAUUCCACCAAUGUACAAGCAAAAGAUGGGAAGAAGUGUGAAAAUGAGUUUUCCGUCUACCAGUAUUAAACUGGUAGAAUAUCUGCUCUUUCCAAAGAAGCAAAGAGGAAGUCAUCUAUUUUAGAAGUAAAAUGUAGUAAAUUCUCCAACUCAUCAGUUAUAUAAAAAAAUAGAAUAAAAAUUGUUUUGAUGCUCAGGCCUUUUGGAGUGUCUCAGAAUUCUUAUUUGUGUAAUAAAGGCUAUGCUGGCCGUGUUUCAGUUCUGUUCUCCCCGCAGAUAGUAUUCUUUAGUAAAAAUAGUACCUCAGAUAAAGUUGUCCCUAGAGGCAUAUGGGCUGCAUGGGAUUUCCCCCAGAGGGUGGAGAGAGCCCGGCCUGGGUUAAAAUUACCCUGUGAGCCUUUUCUCCUCCCACACCACAUUUCAUCCAGAAGAAAGUAGUAGAUGUCAAAGGAAUCUUCUGAGAGGGAAGGAAGUCACAAAAAGCUCUGAGGGGAUGGCGGGGAGGCUCAUCACGAUCUUGUUCGGUGAUGUUGAUGGAAUAGAUGGGCUCCCUCUGAGUUUCCCUGCCAGCAGCUACGAACAGCUGCCUUCCCCACAUCCCCUUCCAGAGAGCUGCUAAUUACUGAAGUGGCUAGGACCCCCAAAAGUUUGAGAGUUUGUUGGAAGGUCAAAAUGUUACCUAAUUCUAGGCACAGUUUUGAAUAUUUCACAAGUAUCAGUGCUAGUAAUGUGACUGAAAAUACGGGUCUAUAAGGUCCGAAUGGCAUGGCUUUUAGACACAGUGUUAAGUAAAUAUGAAAAUACCAGUGGCUUCUAAAGAUACUGUAAAAUAGUCCUUUCAGACGACAAAUACUGCAUAUUUUUAUGCAACUAGAACCGCUUGUAAGAAAAAUACAAAAAAUUGGCAGUCAGAAUGAAUACUCAGAAAUAUUUUGCUUGUAAUAAAACAUCUCAGGCACAAUAAAGUAAUAUUUACUGCAGUUUACAUAUGGGCACCUUAUCAUAAGGUCAGUCUUACCCUAACGUGACGCAGCUCAUCUCUGCUACAGCGGCAGUCAACUCUCCGUCCUUGUUUUCUCUUGGCUGAUCAUUUCCCUCUUGAACAGUACAAAAUUUACAAGUGUCCUCUGCCACCGCUUCUUUCUUAAAUGGCACCUGAGUAUGUCCCCGUGUCCCCGACCUGUUUCUUGAGCUCUUUUCAUUGUCCAAAAAAAGGUGAGCCGAGAACACCCAGCUCGGUGGUGUACCAGUUGUCAGUCAUUCUUGUCCCCAUGUGUACUUGAACCUGGUGAUCUGAAGAACUGUGUAAUUCACCUGAGAUAACCCUCAUUUUAUAAUGAAACCGUACUUUUCACAGUCCAAAAGCAAAGUGGAUUUCUUUCCAGGAAAGAACAGAAGUAAAGAACACUUCUGACAGACGAGCGAUUGCUACCAAGUAGGUUAUGGAUUCUUCGUUGCACUCUUUUUAAAGUAGGAUAAGUUCUUUAUGAGAGGAAAGUCUUGAAGAUAGAUAAGUGGCCUAUUUAGUUUCUUUCAAACCCUAUAAUUCUGUGAUAAUUUAUAAAAAUAAACUGGUCAAAUUAGUUACAAGAAACAAGUUAGGAUACUAUAUUUUUUCUUGUUCAUUGUAUAAGAUUUAACUGAUGUCUUUAGCAAACAGUUUUGUGCUUCUUGAUAAACUUAUGUAUUUAAAUCAGCUCAUUUUUCAUUCCUGCCAGUAGAUAUUUCUCAUUUUGGUAACCAUUUUGUAUUUUUAAAAUAUGUCAAUGUGUGCCUUGAAAUGGAUUUAUUUUUUAAAAAUAGGAUUGAAAAACCAACAUUUAUCCAGUAUCAAUAAUUUUAUCAUAGCUAACGUUGGCAAAGUUGAUUUAAUUAUGGUUCUAUUUUUACAUUAAGGGAAAUUUCAUAGCUGUGGAAUUAGAGAACCAUAGAUGUGUUUUGUUCAGUAUUUUCACAUCUAUAGAGGAAGCCUGAAUAUUUUUAUGAUUGCUAAUAGCUGAUAUGUAGUAGUUAAAUGCCAAGCAUUAUACCAGAAGCUCUCAUUAGGCUUCAUUCUGUCCCUGUGAAUCCUUGUACUAUUCCUGUACUAUUAUUAUUCCUGUUUUCCACCUAAGGAAACCAGGACAGUUAGAAAGUUAAAUAAUAAUGAAGUAAAAAAGAAAAUGAUAAGUAUUUUUAAGUUUUUCUUUUUUCUCUCCCAAUUAGCCAGGGACAAAAUUUAAUUAUUCCUUGUACAAACAUACAUCAACUGCCAUCUUUAUUCCAGGAUGGACUUCACUCUUCGCGUCACCCAUUUUUGAAGAUCGAUUCCUAUUUUACUUGAAGUGUCCUUUUUUCCUUUAUUUUUAACAGUGUAUUGAAGUAUAAUUUUCAACCAAAACAUCAUCCAUUGUAACUGGAUAAUUAAAAACUUUUAGUAGGUUUAUACAGUUCUGUAACCAUCACCAUGAUCCAGUUUUAGGGCAAUUCCAUCAUUCCCCCACAAAAGUUCCCUCAUGCUUGCUUGGAGUCAUUCCCUGUUCCUGUCCCCAGCCCCACACAACCACUGAUCUUUCCCUCAGUAGAGAUUAACCAUUUCUGGAUACUGCAUACACAUGGAAUCGUGUAGUAUGUAAUCUUUUGACUGUGGCUUCUCUCCCUUAGCGUGUCUUUGAGAUUCAUCCAGGUUGAGGCAUGUAUCAAUAGGUGGCUCCUUUUUAUUGUUGAGUAGAAUUCCAUCGUAUGGAUACACCACAUUUGUUAAUCCACACACAAGUUGAUGACCAUUGGAAUUGUCUUCGGUAUUUACCUGUGAUGAGUAACGCUGCUGUGAAAUUCACGGACAAGCCUCCCUGAGGACAUACGUUGUCAUUUCUCGUGAACGGGUACCCAGAAGUUGGCAGUUGUUUGGUGUGUGUUUAACUUCUCAGCAAACAGCCAAGCAGUUUUCCAAAGUGUCUGGACCAUUUUACGUCCCCCAUCAGCCGUGGAUGAGAGUUCCAGUUUCUUCACAUCUUUACGAGACGUGGAUGUUGUUUGUCUUUUGGUGAUAGCCGUCCGAGGGCAUCUGUAGCGGGAUUCCACGGUGCUUUUAAUGUGCGGUCUUCUAAUGAC